AGGAACAACCCAGGUCACUUCACAAUGGGAACUCACUCACCGCUGCUGGAUUGAGUCAAGAGCUUUUUCGCUCUUUUCGCAUAUCUGCUUGCGCCAUUCUGCUUUUCGUGCCUUUAAUUUGAUACCAUGUCGUCGUUGCAGCAGCCUGUAGGGGCAGAAGCCGAUCCUGAGUCUCCUGUCGAUGAUUAUAUGCCUACUUUCUUUAUCGGUCAUCAUGAGUCGAAACGACCUCUGCCUGUUACAGACAAAGUUCUGCGACAGGCGCAAGAUGUUGGUUAUGAUAUGCUCACGAGUCCCAUUACGAGCCCUCACUUCCAUACUCGAGUUCUCACUUUGAUCUCCAGCUACCUCUCUGCAGUGGCACUCGUUGAAGACUCGGACGAUUCGAUUAAAAAUAUACCACCUGCUCCGAUCAUCCCUCCGCUCGAUCCAGUGGACACACCUUUGACACCUGGAGACACUGUUGGUCAAAUCAUUGCACACUCUAGUCCAUGGAUCGAUCUAUGCUCUGUCGAUCCUUUAAUAGCCAACAUCUCUCGCCAGGUACUCAAUAUUGAGAUAGCCUACGCAUCGUUCUGUGGAGUUGGGAACAUUAUUAUACCAGGGCCAAGAUCAUAUACCAGUGGAUCAACGUCCAAUGACGGCCUUAUACAGUAUGCUCGCGCCAUUCAAGAAGCUUUGACUAUCGCCCCCUAUCUUCAAAUGGCUAUUCAUAUUCCGAUGUAUGGCAAUGAAGAAGCUAAAGACCUGACGGGAGAUCUCAAACCAUUUGCCAAAAACUACGAGUCAACGAACAAGGAGAAGGACAUUGAUCUUUUUGAAACUUGGGAUGCGUGGAAUUUGAUCAGGACUGUAUGUAAAUACAACUCGAGACUUUCAGUAGCACUUGCCCUACCUCGUCGAUUGCCUAUUGAAUCCCUGCAGGCCAGAUGGUUUGCUGAGCCCUUACGACUCCUGUCAUUCACGCCUUCAACAUUCCUCAAGAAUUCGGGGGGUCAUCCUGUGUUGGGCAAGAGCCAUCAAGCCCUCAUAACUCGCUAUAUGCGACUAAAGCAGCCUCCAUGGCUUCUGCUCCGAGAUGUUGGACCUAUCCCUGGGCUCGACGAUCCAAUGGCGCUGAAUCCUACAGCCGAUGGUUUCCCAUCCCCAAGCGUUGUUAUCGAUGCAUCAAGAUCUGUUUCCCCAACGCCUGCAGAGGCAGCUGAGAUUAAGUUGAAGGAUACUCAUAAAUCAAAGCACAAGCUAUACAAAGAUGCUGCAGCUCAUUUGAUAUAUCUUCGGUACCUUCAAAGAAAUCAACCAGCCAGGACUUCAAUUGAGAAAUUUGGUUCGGGCUAUCAAGAUUAUUUGCAAUCUCCGUUGCAACCUCUCACCGAUAAUCUCGAGUCCGUUACAUAUGAAGUGUUUGAAAAGGAUCCUGUAAAGUAUGACUGGUAUGAGAGAGCGAUCGCACAAGCUUUGUCGGACUGGGCUCAGCACGGCAAACCUACAUCAAGUUCAAGUGGUGCAGUAGUCAUCGCUGUGUGUGGAUCGGGAAGAGGACCCCUUGUCACUCGAGCUCUCCAAGCCAGUGAGACGACUGGAGUGGCAGUUGAGAUUUGGGCAGUGGAAAAGAACCCCAAUGCCUACGUAUUACUUCAACGACACAAUGAAGAGGAUUGGGGUCGAGUGGUAAAUGUUGUCAAAAGCGAUAUGCGGGCUUGGAAAGGACCGCUUCGGAGUGCAGUCUCUCACAUCGGACAAGCAAUCACUACAAGCGGUACCGAGCCAGUAUCACAAUACGGCAAAGUUGACAUCAUUGUGUCUGAGUUGCUUGGUUCAUUCGCUGAUAACGAGCUUUCACCCGAAUGUCUGGAUGGUGUGCAGCAUGUCUUGGCCCCGCAAUUUGGCAUUUCUAUUCCGAGCUCUUACACAGCACAUUUGACUCCUAUAAUGGCUCCACAGCUCCAUGCGGAUAUCUCACGCCGUUCUUUGACAGAUCCAACUGCUACAGAGACACCUUAUGUAGUUAUGCUUCAUGCUAUCGACUACCUAGCAAACUCUGUGCCCGAGCAUCCUCGAAUUCAACAGGCAUGGGAAUUUGUUCACCCUCUUCCCGCCUCUACUCUUGCAAUUGCCGAAGCUAGAAGAAGCGGGGGUGUCAGCGGUGGAGGAGGUGGUAGCAUGUCUGGAGGAGACGGUGCAAAUGAGCAUAACACUCGCUCGGCUAGACUGAGAUUCGUGUGCAAAGACCGAGGUGUAGUUAACGGCCUGGCUGGCUACUUCGAAACUGUGCUCUAUGAUGGAGGAGAAGCAGGCAAAGUCGAACUGAGCACGAGACCAGACAACAUGGCUGCAAAGAGCAAGGAUAUGAUAUCUUGGUUCCCGAUAUUCUUUCCUCUGAAGAACCCUCUUUACUUUCCUGAUGAUUCCGAACUAGAAGUCAGUAUUUGGAGACAAACAGAUGACAGAAAGGUCUGGUAUGAAUGGUUGGUCGAAGCCUACGUAAUGGUUGGUCCCGACAAGCGGAUGAGACUCGGAUGGAGUGAAAUGGGUACUAGCCGCAAAGUUGGCUGUCUGAUGUAG